CGAAAACGUAAUACCCGUCCGAGAAACAGAAAAGAAAAAAAAAAUUAUAAGUAAAAAUAAAUAUCUCGCUUUAUCCGUCACAAUUUGUCUUUUAUCUGCUCUUCUUCUUCGUCUUCUUGUUCUUCUUCCUUUGUGUGUUUAUGUGUGAUAUUCUUGGCAUUGAUGAAGAUUUGUCGUUGCUGCGAAACUUGAGAAAGGAAAGUCAAACUGGGAAUUCGGUAUUGGAUUGCUAUAAUUUUCUGUGCAAAGAACGGCACUUUUUGGAAAUGUAAGCUAAGACAGAGUAGUUGAUCUGUGUCCUAGUAGUCCAGGAGGACAAUUGAACUUGAGCAAUUCAAUGGGGAAUCUGAUGUUUUGAUCCUAUCCACUAGGUAAAACUGGAGAGGGUCACAGUUUUUGAUUGAUUUGCUUUUUGUUGGGAAUCUUGAGAAGUAAAGCUGGCGGCUACACUGGCUUGGAGGUUUGCUGCCAGCAAUGGCAGCAGCCUUGCUAAUAACGACAUGGAAAAAAAUGUUGAUGGAAAACCUCAAGAUUCUGAGCCCCCAAGUCCAUAUUCAACUAUGAAGAUGGGUUUGAGGAGACCAAUUAGGAGGAAGUUUGUGUGAGGUAUGACAGAAAGGACAAUUGUUUCACUGUUUUCUUAUGGUUUUAAAUCAUGUGCAGAGACCGUAGUAGUAGUAGCAUGGAGGAUCCAGAUGGGAUAUUAGCAAGUGUUGCACAAUGCAUUGAAAAGUUGCGGCAGAGUUCCUCGUCUGUACAAGAGAAAGAGUAUUCCUUGGGGCAGUUGCUAGAACUUAUUGAAACACGGGAAAAUGCUUUCAGUGCUGUUGGAUCUCACUCUCAAGCAGUUCCAGUGCUUGUUUCUCUUCUCCGAUCAGGAUCACUUGGGGUGAAGAUACAGGCUGCUACUGUUUUAGGAUCUCUGUGCAAGGAGAAUGAGCUAAGGGUAAAAGUCUUGCUUGGAGGAUGCAUUCCACCAUUACUUGGUCUCCUCAAGUCAAGCUCUGCAGAAGGUCAAAUUGCAGCGGCAAAGACGAUAUAUGCUGUUUCUCAGGGUGGUGCUAGAGAUCAUGUUGGAUCAAAAAUUUUUUCAACUGAAGGAGUUGUGCCAGUGCUCUGGGAGCUGCUUCAGAAAGGGCUCAAGACUGGCAACUUGGUUGAUAACUUGUUGACUGGAGCACUAAAAAACCUCUCUAGCAGCACUGAGGGAUUUUGGUCUGCAACAAUACAGGCUGGCGGAGUAGAUAUACUUGUGAAGUUGCUCACAACUGGACAGUCAGGAACUCAAGCCAAUGUCUGCUUUCUUCUUGCUUGUAUGAUGAUGGAGGAUGAAACUAUUUGUUCUAAGGUAUUGGCAGCAGAGGCCACUAAACAACUGCUUAUGCUAUUAGGACCUGGAAAUGAAGCUCCUGUUAGAGCAGAAGCUGCAGGUGCUCUUAAGUCUCUUUCUGCUCAAUGUAAAGAAGCAAGACGAGAGAUAGCUAAUUCUAAUGGUAUUCCUGCCUUGAUAAAUGCCACAAUAGCUCCCUCAAAAGAAUUCAUGCAGGGUGAGUAUGCCCAAGCCUUACAGGAGAAUGCCAUGUGUGCUCUUGCAAACAUUUCAGGCGGUUUAUCAUAUGUAAUCUCAAGCCUUGGUCAAAGCCUUGAAUCAUGUUCUUCACCUGCCCAGACUGCUGACACCUUAGGGGCUUUAGCUUCAGCUUUGAUGAUAUAUGAUAGCAAUGCUGAAUCUACAAGGGCGUCAGAUCCUGUGGUUAUUGAGCAGACUUUGGUUAAACAGUUCAAGCCUCAUUUACCAUUUCUUGUUCAGGAAUGUACUAUUGAAGCAUUAGCCAGUUUGUAUGGAAAUGCCAUACUUUCCAUUAAACUUGCAAAUUCUGAAGCAAAACAAUUGCUUGUUGGUUUGAUCACAAUGGCGACUAAUGAAGUUCAGGAUGAGCUUAUAAGAGCACUCCUCACACUUUGCAACAGUGAGGGCAGCCUGUGGCAUGCACUUCAAGGCCGUGAAGGUGUUCAGCUAUUGAUAUCACUUCUUGGGCUUUCAUCAGAGCAACAGCAAGAAUGUGCGGUUGCAUUGCUUUGCCUUCUAUCUAAUGAAAAUGAUGAAAGUAAGUGGGCCAUCACUGCUGCUGGUGGUAUUCCUCCUCUGGUUCAAAUUCUAGAGACAGGUUCUGCUAAAGCCAAGGAAGAUUCUGCGACAAUCCUUAGGAACCUAUGCAAUCACAGCGAAGACAUACGUGCAUGUGUUGAAAGUGCUGAUGCUGUUCCUGCAUUAUUGUGGCUACUCAAGAAUGGGAGCCCCAAUGGGAAGGAAAUAGCAGCAAAGACUUUAAAUCAUUUAAUCCGUAAAUCUGACAUGGCAACUAUCAGCCAGCUCACUGCAUUGUUAACCAGCGAUCUGCCUGAAUCAAAAGUGUAUGUUCUGGAUGCUCUAAGAAGUAUGCUGUCUGUGGUUUCCUUGAGUGAUAUAUUACGGGAAGGUAGUGCUGCAAAUGAUGCAAUAGAGACAAUGAUUAAGUUAUUGAGCUCUACUAAAGAAGAGACUCAGGCAAAAUCAUCCUCAGCUUUGGCUGGAAUUUUUGAAGUCAGGAAGGACUUGCGUGAGAGUGGUAUUGCUGUUAAAACUCUUUUGUCAGUGAUGAAAUUGCUAAAUGUUGAAUCUGAAAACAUCUUAGUAGAGUCAUCUCAUUGCCUUGCUGCCAUAUUUUUGUCAAUUAAAGAGAACCGAGAUGUGGCUGCUGUUGCUCGAGAUGCAUUGUCUUCCUUAGUUACGCUUGCCAACUCUUCAGCUUUGGAAGUUGCAGAGCAGGCAACAUGUGCACUGGCAAAUCUUAUUUUGGAUGGUGAAGCUUCAGAGAAAGCAAUUCCUGAAGAUAUUAUUCUGCCUGCAACUAGAGUUUUGCAUGAGGGCACAGAGUCUGGAAAGACUCAUGCAGCGGCAGCAAUUGCUCGUCUGCUCCAUUCUCGCAGAAUUGAUUAUGCCAUAACUGAUUGUGUUAAUCGGGCUGGAACGGUCCUUGCAUUAAUUUCAUUUUUAGAAUCUGCUAAUGGUGGAUCUGUUGCCACAUCAGAGGCACUAAAUGCACUAGCUAUUCUGUCAAGGUCAGAAGGGGGCAAUAGGAACAUUAAACCAGCAUGGGCGGUUUUAGCCGAAUUCCCAAGAAGUAUAACCCCAAUAGUUUCAUCCAUUGCAGAUGCAACACCCCUGUUGCAGGAUAAAGCUAUUGAAAUAGUGUCUCGACUCUGUCGAGAUCAGCCUGUUGUUUUAGGAGACACAGUUGUUACUGCCUCCGGAUGUAUAUCAGCAGUUACUAGAAGGAUGAUCAAUUCCACAAACCAAAAGGUCAAAAUUGGCGGAGCUGCACUUCUUAUUUGUGCUGCGAAAGUUAGUCAUCAUAGAUUGGUGGAGGAUCUUAAUCAAUCAAAUUCAUGUACCUAUGUUAUUCAAUCACUUGUUGUAAUGCUUAAUUCUGCAGAGACUUCUCCUUUGGUAACUCAAAGUAAUGAUGACAAGGAGGCCAUUAGCAUAUACAGGCAUGCUAAAGAAGAAGCUGGAAAUGGUGAAUGCAAUACUGGAACAGCUCUAAUUUAUGGUUAUAACUUAGCUAUUUGGCUACUCUCUGUACUUGCUUGUCAUGAUGAGAAAACUAAAACUGUGAUAAUGGAGGCCGGAGCAGUUGAAGUCCUCACAGACAGAAUAUCACAUUGUUUUUUGCAAUAUAGUCAGAUUGAUUUUAGUGAAGAUAGCAGCAUAUGGAUUUGUGCUUUAUUGCUUGCAAUUCUGUUUCAAGAUAGAGAUAUCAUUCGAGCGCAUGCAACCAUGAAAUCUAUACCAGUACUUGCAAAUUUGUUGAAGUCAGAGGAGGCUGCAAACAGAUAUUUUGCUGCUCAAGCAAUUGCAAGUCUAGUCUGUAAUGGUAGUAGGGGGACUCUUCUGUCUGUUGCCAAUUCAGGGGCAGCAGGUGGUCUUAUCUCUUUACUUGGCUGUGCUGAUGUUGAUAUAUCUGACCUCCUGGAAUUAUCGGAGGAGUUUGCUUUGGUGCGUUAUCCAGACCAAGUUGCUCUUGAGAGGUUGUUCAGGGUUGAAGACAUAAGGGUUGGAGCUACUUCUCGAAAAUCCAUACCUGCCCUUGUUGAUCUACUCAAACCAAUUCCAGACCGCCCUGGAGCACCUUUUCUAGCUUUAGGGCUUCUGACCCAGCUUGCAAAAGAUUGUCCACCAAAUAAGAUUGUAAUGGUAGAAUCUGGGGCUUUGGAAGCAUUGACAAAGUAUCUUUCACUCGGUCCCCAAGAUGCAACCGAAGAAGCUGCAACUGAUCUGUUAGGGAUCCUAUUUAGCAGUGCUGAAAUUCGGAGACAUGAAUCUGCAUUUGGUGCUGUUAGUCAACUUGUGGCAGUCUUACGUUUGGGUGGAAGAGGUGCUAGGUAUAGUGCUGCUAAAGCAUUGGAAAGCCUGUUUUCUACUGAUCAUAUCAGGAAUGCAGAUAGUUGCAGGCAAGCUGUCCAACCCUUGGUGGAGAUCCUUAAUACUGGUUUGGAGAAAGAACAGCAUGCUGCUAUUGCUGCAUUGGUUAGGUUAUUGAGUGAAAACCCAUCACGAGCCCUUGCGGUAGCAGAUGUUGAGAUGAAUGCAGUUGAUGUUCUUUGCAGGAUCCUCUCCUCAAAUUGUUCAAUGGAGCUGAAAGGGGAUGCUGCAGAGUUAUGUGGUGUUCUUUUUGGAAAUACACGAAUCAGGUCCACGAUGGCUGCAGCACGCUGUGUUGAGCCUCUAGUUUCUCUCCUUGUUACUGAGUUUAGUUCUGCUCAGCAUUCAGUUGUCCGUGCACUGGACAAACUUGUUGAUGAUGAGCAACUAGCAGAACUAGUUGCUGCACAUGGUGCAGUUAUUCCUCUUGUUGGCCUACUCUAUGGUAGGAAUUACAUGCUUCACGAGGCUAUUUCUAGAGCAUUAGUGAAGUUGGGGAAAGACAGGCCUGCUUGUAAAAUGGAAAUGGUAAAAGCUGGAGUAAUUGAAGGCAUACUUGAUAUUCUGCAUGAAGCACCAGAUUUUCUGUGUGCUUCAUUUGCAGAAUUGCUAAGAAUAUUGACCAAUAAUGCUAGCAUUGCUAAGGGAGCAUCUGCUGCAAAGGUGGUUGAGCCUCUUUUCCUGCUGCUAACAAGACCAGAAUUUGGGCCUGAGGGACAACAUAGUGCAUUACAGGUUCUAGUGAACAUUCUGGAGCAUCCACAAUGUCGUACUGACUACAACCUCACCUCUCACCAAGCUAUCGAACCACUUAUCCCCUUGCUUGAUUCUCCGGCUCCAGCAGUUCAACAGUUGGCAGCAGAGCUUCUAUCACAUCUACUCCUAGAAGAACAUCUUCAGAAGGAUCCAGUGACACAGCAAGUAAUUGGUCCCCUCAUACGAGUUCUGGCUUCUGGCAUACACAUCUUGCAGCAGAGAGCUGUCAAGGCUCUUGUUAGCAUUUCACUCACAUGGCCAAAUGAAAUUGUGAAAGAAGGAGGUGUGAAUGAGCUAUCCAAAGUAAUAUUGCAAGCUGAUCCUUCUCUUCCCCAUGUCUUGUGGGAAUCUGCUGCUUCCGUAUUGGCUAGCAUUCUGCAAUUUAGUUCUGAAUUUUAUUUGGAAGUGCCUAUUGCUGUGUUGGUAAGGUUGCUUCGUUCUGGCUUAGAAAGCACAAUAAUUGGCACACUAAAUGCCCUUCUGGUGUUAGAAAGUGAUGAUGGAACUAGUGCUGAAGCAAUGGCUGAAAGUGGUGCCAUAGAAGCCCUUUUGGAACUUCUCAGAAGUCAUCAGUGUGAGGAAACAGCUGCAAGGCUACUGGAAGUAUUGCUCAACAAUGUGAAAAUCAGAGAAUCAAAAGCUACUAAAUCUGCAAUCUUGCCCUUAUCCCAGUACUUAUUGGAUCCACAAACUCAAGCCCAGCAGGCGAGGCUACUGGCAACUUUGGCACUUGGAGAUCUAUUCCAAAAUGAGGGCUUGGCUCGAAGUACUGAUGCAGUUUCAGCUUGUCGGGCUCUAGUCAAUGUGCUUGAAGAGCAGCCUACAGAAGAAAUGAAAGUCGUGGCUAUAUGUGCUUUGCAGAACCUUGUUAUGUACAGCCGGUCUAACAAAAGAGCAGUUGCAGAAGCUGGUGGUGUUCAGGUUGUAUUGGAUUUUAUUGGUUCGAGCGAUCCAGAUACAUCUGUCCAGGCUGCAAUGUUUGUUAAACUUCUAUUCUCCAAUCACACCAUUCAAGAGUAUGCGUCUAGUGAAACAGUCAGAGCUAUAACUGCUGCUAUUGAAAAAGAUUUAUGGGCCACUGGAUCUGUGAAUGAGGAGUAUCUAAAAGCUCUAAAUUCUCUCUUCAGCAACUUCCCACGCCUCAGAGCCACUGAGCCUGCAACACUCAGUAUACCUCAUUUGGUUACAUCCCUCAAGACAGGUUCAGAAGCAACUCAAGAAGCUGCCUUGGAUUCACUUUUUCUUCUGAGGCAAGCUUGGUCAGCAUGCCCAGCUGAAGUUUCAAGAGCUCAAUCCCUUGCUGCUGCAGAUGCUAUCCCCUUGUUGCAAUACUUAAUUCAGUCUGGCCCACCCCGAUUUCAGGAGAAGACUGAAUUCUUACUGCAGUGUUUGCCUGGUACAUUGGUAGUUAUUAUCAAGCGUGGAAAUAACAUGAAGCAGUCAGUUGGAAACCCAAGUGUAUAUUGCAAACUGACACUCGGCAACACUCCUCCAAGACAAACAAAGGUUGUUUCAACUGGCCCUUAUCCAGAGUGGGAUGAGGACUUUUCAUGGUCCUUCGAGAGUCCGCCAAAAGGCCAGAAGCUUCAUAUUUCUUGCAAAAAUAAGAGCAAAAUGGGGAAGAGUUCUUUUGGAAAAGUGACAAUCCAGAUUGAUCGGGUCGUAAUGCUAGGAGCAGUUGCUGGGGAGUAUACUUUGUUGCCAGAAAGCAAAAGUGGGCCCUCAAGGAAUUUGGAAAUAGAAUUCCAGUGGUCCAACAAACCCACUAACAAUGAUGCAGCCACAAAUUGAAUUUUAGGGAGAAAACAAUGUCCCAGUAUAGAUUCUUUUUUUUUUUUUAAUUAUUAUUAUAAUUUUCCUUUACAAAUUGGUUAUUUAUUAUUCUGGUGUAAAUAGAAUGCAAAAGAUUUUAAUUUUUGUAGGUGCUUCCCCUGAGUUAAGAAAUUUUUAAUUUGUUCAA